AUGUUCAAGAAGUGCGCCAUAUUUUUAAUAUUAUCCAUAGCUAGUAUAAUUAUAGUACUAUAUGAACGAGGAAGAUAUAGACAUGGCGCUUUAAAUUAUAAUUUUCCAAACCACGAUAAUGGAAGUAAUAGUAAUUAUCAAAAUGGAAACUAUGACAAUGAUACCGAUGAAAAUGUGAUAAACUAUAAUAAAAUAGAUAGUGAAUUAUCAUGUUCUAUUCCUGGUAAAACAUGCGAAGUUAAAUUAGGGAUUAUACGUAGUGGAGAUCUUUAUGAUUACAAUGAUGAUAUAAAUAAAAAUGAAACACGAUUUGAUGCAAUUAAAAAUAGAUUUACAAAUAUGUUUCAAUAUUUUUUAUAUGAAAUUAAUUACAGCAAUAUAAUAUAUAAUAAUAAAGGAGGGGAUGGAAUUGCAUUGUUUAUUGAAUUUUUUGAAAAUUCGAAAAUGUUUAUAUCAGUAUUUGGUAAAUCAAGUUAUCGUAUAUUAUAUGCCUAUGGAAUAACAUUAAUAUCUUUAUUAAAACUUUUAUUUUUAUGGUUUAUAAUUCUUGAGCCAUAUUUAAAAUGGGCAUAUUUUAAAUCAAAAGCAUAUUAUUUAUCCUUAGACGCAACAACAAAAAAAUACAUUAUAGGUUUAGCAUUAUCUUUUAUAGUAUUUUUAUAUCUUAUAUAUACAGGAGUUAUAAAAUAUACAUUAAACAAAAUUACAAAAUUUUAUAAAUAUUUAUUAAAAAAAUUAUUCAAAUUAAAUAACUUUUUGUUCCGUAUAUUCCCAUAUAUUAUAAGUAUAUUACUAUAUUUAAUAUUAAUAAAAACAAUACAAAUCAAGUAUAUUCAUUUUUUUAUCUAUUCAAUAUUUUUCCCCUUACCAUCACUAUAUUCGAUUAUUAUUAUUGGAAAAUAUGUAUAUUUGCCAUAUAUAAAUAAAUGUUUUAUAGAUUCUAUAUCUCAAAAUUGUAUUAUAGAAAGUGAUGGGAACGCAAACAAACAUAAUAUGCUAAAAUAUAAUGAAUCAACAGAAAGCAUUCUUGUAGAAUCAGAAAAAAAUAAUCCAGGGUUGCAUUAUAGAAAGGGGGGGGACAAUUUGGAUAAUGAAACAUCUGAUAGUCCUCAAGCUGAUGAUAAUAAAGCUAUGAUAACAAAUGGGACAGAAAAUGAUAAUCAAAAGGAUGAAAAAAAGAAAAACGAAAAAUCAUUUUUUCCUUUUAGUUUUGAAAAUUUUAAGUUAGGUUUAAAAAAACAGAAACAAGACUCAUUAAAAAGUCAAAGCACUGAAAGUUUAUCAAGUUGCUUAGCAAAUCAAUCAGAAAAUCGUAAAUUUUCAGACUCCUCUCAAGAUAUUGAUAAUAAAGAUAAAAUGUAUUAUGAUGUUUUAAUUUUAUUAGAAUAUUGGCUAUUUAUUAACAUUUUAAAAUUUUUAAGCUACUUCUUUUUUUUCAAAAGAUUUAAUAAAGGAUCGCAUAUCUUUGAAUAUUUUAUUUUACUUACAAUAUGUAUUAAUGUUAGCGAAAAAUUGCAUGAAUUUGUAUUUUUAAAAAGUUACAAAUCAUCGAUAUUAGUUCGAGCAUUGAAAAAUACUAUAAUUAGUGUCUUGGAUGUAAUCUUAUAUUCCUUAUUUAAUGUUAGACUAAAUAGUGAAAGCGAACAAAACAAGAAAAGUGAUAAUGAUAUAGGAUACGCUGAAAGAAGUAAUAUAUUAAUGAAAGUAGUAAACAUAGUAAAAGAUAAAUUAAAAUUAAAUGAAUCAGUGAGCUUUGGUAUUACUUGUGUCAAAUCUAUUAUUAAGGACAAUGUUGCAGAAAAUAUUAAAUUGCCAAUUUAUAUUAAAAUUUUGGUUAAUAUAAUAAUAUAUAUGCCUCAAUUAGUAUUAUUAAUAUUCCCAUCAUUUAUUCUUAAAAUAUAUUUUUUAUAUUUCUUUUUAAUUUUCCCAAUAUUUGGAUCUCUUAAAUGCUUAGAAGACAAAAAAAAUAUUCAUAAUAAAAUAUAUUUUAUAUGCUAUUUUUUCUUUUAUAAUAUUGCUACAAUUACAGUAAAUCAUGCAGUUUUCAAAAGAUUACCUUUUUAUAAUUUAUACAAAAUUUUAAUUACUAUUUCAGCUCAAAGUAUUCUUAAAUAUAUUUUUAAUAUUCUUAAAACGGAGGAAUGA